GAAGCCGCAAACAAGCAAAGCAGAGGAGAAAGCAGAGAAAGAUGUUUGCUGCGUUUGCUGGCGGUGGUGGUGGUCGUGAUGAUGACAAUGGUAGUGGUGGUGAUGAGACGCGCAGAACUGCGGGGAGGGAAGGUGAGCAGACCUUGGAUGAUGCAUCACAGCAACAAGGCCAGCUGCAGCAACACCCACUCGAAGUCCAACGAGCGCAGUCGGUCGCGGCGCAGUGGGAGAAUGCCACGUCGUUCCGGCCGCCUUCAUCCAGAUCCAUGUCGUCCUCGUCCGCAUCUUCCUCAAGCAGUGACGACAACGACCACGACGACGACGACGACGGCCGUGACGUGCACGGCGACAGGCCACUGAAGCGGGCAAAGCAAACGUCUCGAGCUGAAGCAGAGCGAAGCAAGCCGAAGAAGGCAACGCAGAGGAAACACAAGAAAGAAAAGAAGGAGAGAAAGGCAAGGAAGAAGGAGAAGCGGAAGAAGAAGAAAGACAAGGAGCACGAAAAGCGCAGUAGACGCAGCGAGAGGAGGCACGGUGAUGACGAUGGCGAUGGUGAUGGCGGGGCUACUGCUGCCUACAUCCGGAGUCAAAGCAGGCCCACCCAACAGAUGUCAGCACACCAGCCCACGUUAGCACAUCGCACGGCAGCCGCAUCACGUGCCACCGAUGACCUCUGGCGUAUUGACGUCCGUGGUGACAAGGACAACAUCACAUACGACAGCAUCUACAAGAAGGACAUCAGCGCGUAUUGGCGGGCGGGGCGUGGUGCUGUUGUCGGCCUCUCGUCUCCGCUCUGGAUUGACGAUGGCCGCAGCAAGGGCAGACCACCGCGCCAUCUCCACUUUCGACGCAUCCACGACUUUCGAUUCGCCUCAAAGCUCAAGGACGCAGAGGCAAAGGUGACCUACAUCACGCCGUCCGCACCAGAACCGCAAUCAGCACCGUCUUCUUCAGCAAAGCAGCAUCCGCUAUUUGUGGAAUUGCGGUCGUUUGUUCCGCUGGAGGAUCCUGGCGAACAUAGCGACGCAGAGGGCGGUGUCGCACACGUGUCCAAGCACGGCACCCACGACGACAACGAUGAUGAUGAUGGUGAUGGUGAUGGUGAUACGAAGGGGGAGACGAAGGAGGCGUAUGUUCGGCGCCGGACAAAAGAGUUCAACGCCGCCCUUCGCCGCCAUCCUGAGGACACCACCAUGUGGCGCACAUACAUCGACUUCCAGGAUGACGUGUUUGCGGUUGAGGCAGGCCACUCGCGUAAGGCCGUGGCGCUGCUCAUAGACCGCAAACUUGCUCUCUACGACGAAGCCCUCAAGCACAACCCGCACGACGAGGAUCUCUUCAUCGGAUACUUGGAGCUCUGCGCACAGAAGAUGACGCCGGAUGACUUGGAGGCGAAAUGGACGAGAACCCUUUUCCUCCAUCCAAAUAAACACCGUCUCUGGCAGCGCUACCUCGCGCACAGCACUGCGCUCCUGGCCCGGUUCACGGUUUCGUCCUGCCAAUCCAAGUUCCACAAGUGCAUUGAAACGCUCGACGGUCUCAAGGAGGGAUCGUUUGCAACGCAUCACCUCGACAAAGAUGUGGCUGAAGAAACGCUGCUGGAUGUCGUUUUUGAGUCCUGCCACUUCCAAGCCAAGGCUGGAUGCAUGGAGCGCGCCAUCGCGUGCUUGCAGGCACUCGUCGAAUUUAACCUCUUCAUGCCAUCAAGGGUGCGGUCACCGCGGGAGGCGACGGGAUUUCUCGAGUCGUUCUGGGAAUCAAACGCCCCUCGAUUCGGUGAUCCAGGCGCGAGAGGCGUUGGCCAUUUCAUUGAUCAGAAGCGUGCGCGCACCGAUGUUCCUUCACUUCAGCAGCACCAUCCGCCCACCACCCCGCCAGAGUUGAAAGGCGUGACGACGUGGGAGCGAUGGCUGGAAGUUGAAACAUUCCGCGAACAGCAGCAUUGGCUGCCUUGGCGACCCAACGAGGAGGAAGGAGAGGAGGAGGAGGACUGUGAGGAUCCAGACCGUUGCGUCAUCUUUGACGACGUCGCCGGACAUUUAUUCCGCCUCUCCACCCCCGAAUUGAAGACGGAUCUCGUGCUGGGGUUCGUCGACUUUCUCGGUGCGAACGUGCGCGCGCGUGUGUCAUCGAACAGCAUCUUCCACCUCAACGCCGUCAGCAGCGCCGUGUCCAUGCCAGACACCUUCACGCCCCUCAUACAACACCUCGCCGGACUGAAGAGCCAGCGGGAGGAGUCGCUGCUGUCGUGGAGCAAGCGCGACCCAGGUCCAUAUCUCUACAACGAGCAGUUUGUGCUCAGACAGCGAAACGCAGAGUACAUGCCCGCACGCGCACGCGUCAGCGGCCUGGCGAUUGGAGAGGCUGUGGAUGUUUGGGGAUCCCUGCUCGACACGUCAACGAGCGAAGAUUCGCUGCCGCGGCCAAUUGUCAACCGCGGGUUGUUUGGAUGGCACGUCAAGCCACGCAUCACAGACCCGCACCGCAUCGCCCUCAUCAGAAACGUGUUUGAGCAAGCAAUAGCGGCCACGCGGGACCCGCGGGAGCUGCAGCUGUCGUAUGCAGAGUUUCUCGAGCAAGUUUCCCCAAAGGAUGCGCGCACAUAUCUCAAGGGCCUGCUCAAGGAGAACAGGGAGGACGUGUCGCUGUUUGUGUUUUUUGCACAGCUUGAGAAUCGCAACAAGAAACCAGAGAGCGCUACAAAGGUGUUCCGAAGCACGCUGCAGUUUGUGACGCGGGGAAUGCAGGAAGGAAAGACGGAUGUGGACCACCGCUUUGUGCGCUUCUUCAGCGAACACCUCCUCAACAACAACAAUUUGGGCGAGGCACGGGAGUUGGUCGUGCACUAUUUCCUGAAUUCGCUGUCGAAGGUGACGUUCGCAUCGUCAUCAUCAUCGUCAUCGUCAUCAUCAUCAUCACCACCGCCGCCGACACUCGUGGCUCGCGCCGCAAAUGCGUGCGAUGACAUCACGAAAUCGCUCUGGACCAGAUCGCAAUCUGGGGACCGGUUUGUGUUUGACCGCGCGCUGCUGUGUGUGCACUUUGCGCUGCUGUUUCGAGAUGCGGAUGCGAUCACGGCCACUAUGGACGCUGUUCUGGCUGUCUUUGAUGACGAGAGCCAUCCCCACCACCUCCGAUACCCGCAUGAGAUUCUCUACGCCGCAUGCUAUCAACUGCUUGAAGUGCACGCGCGCCAGGAGCGGACAGCGCCAGUUGUCUUCCGUCGCCUCCUCGAACGAGCGCUCAAACGAUUCCCGUACAAUCCGGAAUUUCUCUCCGCUUAUAUCGCCCUCGAGGCCCAGUUCCGCGUGUCUGGUCGCGUUCGCGCGCUCUUCCAGCGAUUGACACACGCGCAGCGGGAGGCGCCGGCUGUUGUCUGGCUGCUCGCCAUCAUCACCGAGAUUGCUCAGCCAGCAGGCGCGUCCGCCCAUCGAGUGAAGUCGCUCCUCAUCGAAGCAACAAAGACGCAGGCAAAACACUGCGCGCUCAUCUGGCGCAUGUACAUGGAGUUUAUCCGCGCGCAAUCGGGACUGGACGGUUUGAAACUCAGCGAAGACAUCUUCUACCAAUCGCUGCAGGCGUGCCCUGGCGUGAAGCAGCUGUACUUGGAUGCGGCGAAACACAAUCCGCGCCAGCUGCAGCGUGUCCUCGACAUUAUGCAGGAGAAGGAGCUGCACAUGCGCACGCCGAUGCAAGAGCUGGAGAUCAUUGAGGAGGAGGAGCGAGAGAAGCAACUCGUGUCACAUCACCAGCAUGGUGGUCGAGAUGAAGAUGUGUCGACAGGAACAGCGCAGCCAUCACACGCAGCAACUGCAACUGCAACUGCUGCUGCUGCUGCACACACAUCACACUUGCCCGCUUAUGAUGAUGGGGAUUGACGCACGCGCAUGCAACCAGUGUUUGUGGCGUCGGGCCAUGUGGGUUCUUCAUGCACACACACACACACACAUUUGCUCGCACGCGUACGUCUUGUGUGUGCUUGUGUCGAUUGAUGUUGUAUUGAGAGGCAAGCAAUCUCUCGAACAUUUUGAUGAGUAACUGCAAUUAAACAGACCCCGCC